AUGGCGUUGGUGCAAAAGUACGGCAAGCCGGACAUCUUCCUGACAAUGACCUGCAACCCCAAUUGGGAUGAGAUUGUCAAAGAGUUGUUGCCUGGCCAGACUCCUCAGGACCGACCGGAUCUUGUCGUUCGUGUAUUUAGAGCCAAGCUUGAAGUCUUAAAGGAGAUGCUUCUGAAGAAACACAUCCUUGGAUUUGUCAAAGCGUACGUUUACGUUGUCGAGUUCCAAAAGAGAGGCCUCCCACAUGCCCACUUCCUGCUAAUCAUGGAUUCCAGAUAUAAGCUCGUGAUGCCUGAGCAAUAUGAACGCCUAAUCUCGGCCGAGCUCCCAGACAAGCACAAGUACCCAGAGCUUUACGCCAUGGGGAAAGACUCCUAUCCAGUGUAUCGUCGGCGGGACAACGGUCGCACCGCUCAUGUACAAGGCCAGACGCUGGAUAACAGAUGGGCCGUGCCGUACAACCCUUACCUGCUUCGUAUGUUCAACUGUCACAUUAACGUCGAGGUGUGCUCCAGCAUCUGCGCGGUGAAGUAUCUGUACAAGUACAUCUACAAGGGAGGGGAUCGCACGUCGAUGAACUGGGAACAGCCUGACAGCGAAGGCAGCAUCGACGAGAUUAAAAGAUAUGUUGACGCGAGGUGGGUUACCCCGCCAGAAGCUUGUUGGAGGAUUUUUGGGUUCGACCUCCAUGAUAACAAUCCGUCGGUGCUGCAGCUGCCACUUCAUCUUUCGGAUAUGCAUAUGGUGUCGUUCAACGCAAAUCAGGACCUUAGAGAUGUGGCCGUGCAGGAGAAAGCAUCAAAGUCGAUGCUAACGGAGUAUUUUGAGGCCAACAAAAUACACGAGAAGGCAAGAACUAUAUUGUACAAGGAUUUUCCAGAAUGGUUCAGAUGGGUGCCAGCAGAAAAGUAUUGGAAGGAAAGGGAACAACGGCCCCAGGUAGGCCGAAUCGUGUCAGCCCAUCCGGCGGAGGGAGAUAGAUACUAUCUGAGGGUGUUGCUUAACCAUGUCGCAGGCUCUACUUCCUUUGAAGACCUACGAACAGUUGACGGCAUCCUAUGUCCAACCUUUCGGCAGGCUGCCGAAAGGAGGGGUCUUAUCGAGGCCGACAGCACGCUCGAUGAGUGCCUCACGGAGGCGGAACAGUGGGCUAUGCCAUCAUCGCUGCGAAGGUUGUUCGCAACAAUUCUGAUAUUCUGUGAGCCUGGAGAUCCGCAUGAUCUCUUGGAUAGGCACCUCGACGGAAUGUCAGACGACUUCAGACGGUCCCUCACUUGCCCGAUUGAGGUAGAGCAGAAGGUAUUGCUUGAAAUAAGGGGCAUGCUGCAGUCCAUGGGCAAAGAAAUAACGUCCUUCCCUCUUCCGAGUAUCGACGAAACAUACGACGACACCGGGGGCGAAGCUAGGGAGAUAAUCGAGGAGUCCAAUAUCCAAGUCGACAUGGCAGACACUUCUCUAGCGUAUUCCCUUAACGCAGAGCAGAGGUCCGCCUACGAUGAGAUACUGGCAGCUGUUGACAGCGGUGCUGGAGGAGUGUUUUUUGUUGAUGGGCCAGGAGGCACUGGGAAGACUUUCCUGUGUAGGGCCUUGCUCGCUAAGCUCCGAGGUGAGAAAAAGAUAGCGGUGGCUACAGCAACUGCGGGUAUCGCUGCUUCCAUCAUGCCGGGAGGGAGGACCGCCCACUCGAGGUUCAAGAUACCCCUGACCAUUGAUGACGGUGCGUCAUGCAGCUUCACAAAACAGAGUGGCACGACCAAGCUGCUAUCGAAGGCUUCUCUUAUCAUAUGGGACGAGGCCACAAUGACCAAGCAGCAGGCGAUCGAGGCAUUAGACAACAGCAUGCGCGACAUCAUGGGCCAACGAGACCGGCCAUUCGGGGGGAAGACUGCCGUGUUCGCCGGCGACUUCAGGCAGGUGCUUCCGGUUGUGAGGAAGUGCACACGGGGUCAGAUAAUAGACGCGAGCCUACACAGUUCCCAUCUAUGGGAGAAGAUGCGGCAGCUCAAGCUCAUGACAAACAUGAGGGCUCAAGCCGACCCGUGGUUCGCCGACUUCUUAUUGCGCGUCGGUAAUGGCACCGAGGAGGCCAAUGAAGAAGGCAACAUAAAGCUCCCUGAAGACGUCUGUGUGCCAUCCACUGACAAGGAGAGUGACAUAGAGAGGCUGAUUGACCAUGUGUUCCCGGCUUUAAAUACCAGCUUGGCCGACCCGAACUAUAUUACUUCCAGAGCUAUCCUCUCCAUGAAGAACGACUGCGUCGACAAAAUAAACAUGCGGAUGAUAGAGCGUUUCAAUGGAGAGGAGAUGGUGUACCAUAGUUUUGACAGUGCGGAGGAUGAUCCGCAUGGUUACUACCCUCCCGAGUUUUUGAACUCGCUUACCCCGAACGGGCUGCCUCCGCAUGUUCUUAAAUUGAAGAUCAACUACCCCAUCAUACUGCUGAGGAAUAUUGACCCGGUUAACGGAUUGUGCAACGGCACUCGGCUCAUAGUCCGGGGAUUCCAAAGGAAUGCAAUUGAUGCCGAGAUCGUGGUAGGGCAGCAACACGGCAAAAGGGUGUUCCUUCCCCGCAUUCCGCUUUGCCCCUCCGAUGAUGACAUGUUUCCAUUCCGUUUCAAGAGGAAGCAAUUCCCGGUCAGACUAAGCUUCGCAAUGACCAUCAACAAGGCACAAGGGCAGACCAUACCAAUUGUCGGUGUGUACCUACCGAACCCGGUGUUCUCCCACAGCCAGUUGUAUGUGGCCUUGUCCAGAGCAAUAGCAAGAGGGAACAUAAAGAUCCUCACCGUGCAGGACGAUGAGAAUACGAACAAGUCAUACAAAAGGAAGCCAAAGAAACAAGAGAUGUCUGUGGUGUCCACCACUAAAAACAUAGUGUACAAGGAAGUACUCACUGCAUGA